UGCUUUGGUGAUGUGUUGCUGAAAGGAUCUUUCUCUCGAAAAUGCUCCACGAGCUGUAUCAUCUGCCUCGACCUUGUGGAGGACAGAAAGUCCUAUGGCACCGUGGUGUGCCCAGCGUGCAAACACGCCUGGUUCCACAGGGGCUGCAUCCAGGGACAGGCUGCGGGCGCCGGCAUUUCUUGCUUCCAGUGCCCCCUCUGUAGAGAUAAGGAGCUCUUUCUCGCCGAAAUGCUUGUCAUGGGGAUCCGAAUCCCCCUCAGACUGCCGUCAUGGGAGGAGAGCCGUACAUACGCAGCACUAAGUGAGAGGCACAGCCGCUGCGAUGCCAGUGAGUGCCUUUGCCCAGGAGGCAGGGAGCAGGCAGAGGAAGAGGGGCCCUGGCAACUGCUCCUGUGCUGCUCCUGCGCUGCCGAGGGCACCCACAGACGCUGCUCCUACUUGAGGAACAGCACGGCCAGCUGGGAGUGCGACAGCUGUGCUGGCCUGGGCACCGAAGAAACACGAACCGUGUCUGCCCAGUAA